UUUAGCUUGUUCCUCGCUGGGUUGCUCGCGGGAGAUCGGCGCUCGCACUUCUUCGCAGCCUGCAGCCACUGAGCCACCGAGGAGCUGCCGCUUCUGUUCGAGGGUGAGGUCGAGCCGCCUCCCCCGCCUUCCCCUCGAGAUAUAGUUCUGGAGUCCCUAUCUUCCUGCUGCACUCUGCGUGUAUCCAGCUGCCUAUUUAUUGCCUUCACUCUUCGCUCGGAUGUCCAGAAGAAUCUUAACAUGUUCAAAACUGAAUUCCGGAUCUUCAUCCCACCCCCAAACCUGUUCUUUCUGCAGUCCCAUCUUUCACAAAAUACCUACAUAGAAGCUUGGGACAAAAUAUUUAUCUAAUUUCUGUGGCAAAAUUAAAGACUUGUCAUGAUAAUGAAGAAAGAAACUGAAUUUGUCAUUUUCACCUAAAGAAAAAUGAUAGACAGAAAUCAAACCUGUACAGGACAGGACUCUAUGCCCUAUAUGAGUUGUCUGAUUCACAUAUUUGAAGAAUGGUUUGGCGUGGAACAAUUGGAGGACUAUUUGAAUUUUGCAAACUAUCUCGUAUGGGUUUUUACACCGCUAAUACUUUUAAUACUUCCUUACUUUACUAUUUUUCUGCUCUACCUUACUAUUGUUUUCUUACACAUUUAUAAGAGGAAGAAUGUAUUAAAAGAAGCCUAUUCUCAUAAUUUAUGGGAUGGCGCAAGGAAGACAGUAGCAACUCUGUGGGAUGGACAUGCAGCAGUUUGGCAUGGUUAUGAAGUUCAUGGAAUGGAAAAAAUACCAGAAGGACCAGCGCUUAUAAUUUUUUACCAUGGAGCUAUUCCCAUAGAUUUUUAUUACUUCAUGGCUAAAAUUUUUAUCCAAAAAGGCAGAACUUGCCGAGUAGUAGCUGAUCACUUUGUCUUUAAAAUUCCAGGGUUUAGUUUAUUACUUGAUGUAUUUUGUGCUCUACAUGGACCAAGAGAAAAAUGUGUUGAAAUUCUGAGGAGUGGUCACUUGUUAGCUAUUUCACCAGGUGGAGUUCGAGAAGCCCUAAUUAGUGAUGAAACCUACAACAUCAUAUGGGGUAAUCGUAAAGGCUUCGCUCAGGUUGCAAUUGAUGCAGAAGUGCCCAUUAUUCCUAUGUUUACACAAAAUAUUCGAGAAGGAUUUAGAUCACUUGGAGGAACAAGAUUAUUUAGGUGGCUUUAUGACAAAUUCCGCUAUCCAUUUGCUCCAAUAUAUGGAGGUUUUCCAGUGAAGUUUCGUACCUAUUUAGGUGAUCCCAUUCCAUAUGAUCCAAAGUUAACAGCAGAAGAAUUAGCCGAAAAGACAAAGAAUGCUGUUCAAGCUUUGAUUGAUAAGCACCAAAGAAUACCGGGAAACAUUAUGAGUGCUUUGUUAGAACGUUUUCAUAAAAGUCAAAACAGCCACUAGAAGACGAUUUAAUAUAUUUAUAUUAUUAUGUUUAUGUCUGCGGUACUGUCUUUUAAAUUUUGUAGGUUUCAUAAUUAGUAUUUUUGUAAAAAUCAUGUUAAAAGCAUCUUUUGUUGAACUUGUUUAAAUUGUAACAUACAUUUUGUUUUAUUCAGUGUGUCAUAUUUAAACAAUAACUCAUUACAUGCCUAACAAUUAAGAAAAUGAUCUUGUUUCUUAUAAAUUCCUAAUAAUGUAUGAUAAACAUAUAGAUUAUUAGAAUUAAGUUUAUUAACAGCAAUUUAGGUUAAACAAACAUUCCUAAAUAAUGUAUCUAAUUUCUGUAUCUGUUGUACUGAGCUAAUUUUGCAAGAUGGUAUAACCUAAGGUUAGUGCAGAUGCUUAAGCUAGAAAAAGAAUGCUUUUAUCUGCCUUUCAUGACCUUGGGCAAGUCACAUAAUGUUUUUGUGCCUCAACAAUGCUAGAGGGGAUGAGGGGAGGAUGACUGGAUGAAGAAGGUGAAGAUGUUAGCUAAAGAACAUUUAUGCAUACCCCAGGACACAGACAAUAGUGUAGUGAAAAGCGGGGAGGGGUGGGGGGAUGAGUGGAGGUGGGCAAAGGGGGCCCAAAUGGGGGACAUCUGCAAUAGUGUCAACAUUUAGAAAAAUUAAACACAAAAAAAUAAUUUACUUUUUAAAAAACAUGUUAAUGCUAUGGUUAAUAAAAAAUUCUUUUAUUUGCUUGAUAACUAGAAUUGAAAUUAUAAUUGAAUUAAGACCAAGAUCUUUCAGAAGUUUAUGUAUAUAUUUUGUUAUAGGAUGUUUAAAUUAUUCCUUCAGGUAUAACGUCAAGUUGCCAACCACAGUGAAAAAGAUGUACUGUUUUUCAAAUUGAAUAAAAAAGUCAAAGUAAAAUUUCUAAUUGUUUUUAAUAAGAAUCUAUAACAUUGUCAGCCCUAAAAUAUGGCAUUAAUCGUGUCCAGCUUAAAGUCGCUUGCAGGUUAAAAGUCACUGUGAUGCUCUGCAUUUUAUAUGUCGGAAGGAUGCUAGGCUGAUGAAAGCAGAGUUAGAGAAAGCUCUGCUUUUGCUUAAUAUGACUUAUUCAUUUGACUUUGCAACCAGUCAAAUAGUUUAUUGUUUCAAUAAAAAUAUACUUGAAUGAUGAAUUUAUGUGAACACAAAGCUUUCUGAAAAAUUAGUGGCUUUUGAUUUGUUGUUCCCUUGAAAUCUGAAUUAUAAAAGUAUUUAAACAAAAUAGUACUAGAAAUUCAAUGCAAUAUCUCCCUUUCCCUUUUUUUAGAUAUUAAACUAUGUACUUGAAUUUUUGUGUAUAUUUUUGUAUAACAAGUAUGUAUGUAUGAUAUGUGUAAUAUAUAUAAAAUUAAGCAACAUAAAAAUAUAAAGUUGAAUUGCAAUUCAUUUACUUAUGAAAUUAUAUAUGUGACAUUUUCUUAUUUUAAACUGAUUUAUUUCUCACCCACAGUCAAAUUGAUAUAUCUCAGCCAGAAUGAAUAAACCUUACUUUUAAUGUGAAAAUAUAUUUUAAUUUCAUUUUCAGUGAAAAGAAUCAAUUAAUGAUUCUUUGAAGUGUUUUUUUUUUCUUGUAACAGUGAACAGUGUUUGUUUAAAAUUGGUACACAUUUCCAGAAUAAAUGAUCAUAAAAUGAAUGAGAUAUUGUUUUGGAGUAACUAUUGGGUUUUAACAAGAAUGAACAACAUUCAUUGAUAAUGCAGCAAACGCUUUUUGUUUGUUUUUACACUAGUUAAGUUUUAUUGCUUAUUUAAAACCUUACUUUGUUCUCUGGUACUCAGACUAAUAUAAGAUUUUUCAUGGCUAUUUGAAUUUAUACCCUAGUUAGAAGAAUGAGGGGAUAUGACUAAAUAUAGAAAUAUAAAUAAUAAUGGAAAAGGGGUGUUCUUGACCCUUUUUGAAGGGAAUGUUUACAAGUUAGAAUCUGAUGAAACCCAGGACUCUCUCCAGAAACAUGAACAUGGCACACUUUUAUGGGAAAUCUUUCAUAUUCUUUUUAAAAAUAUUUCAUUUUGAAAGAAUUUCGGAUUUACAGAAAAGUUGCAUACUACUCCCAUAUAUUCUGCACCCAGUUUAAGCAGUUGUUACCUCACAUUUGUUUUCUUCUCUUCGCAUUUCCCUUGUCUUAUCUCUCUCCACAUAUAUUUCUAUAAUCUUUUUCUUCUGAAUCAUCUAUUAGUAAAUUGCAGACAACGUGCUCCUAAACUAUAGGCCAUUCAUUAAUAGCACCACAGAACAAUGACCAAAAUCAGGAAAUUUAUCUUUCAUAUAAUAGUAUCAUCUGAUCCAAAGACUGGAUUCAAAUUUCAGUUGUUUCAAUAAUGUCCUGUAUAUCAAUUUCUAUUCUUGAUCCGUGGGUAGAUCUUCUGACACUAUGUAAAUGGAUGUGGCAAGUGUCCGUUGUUUGUAUUAUUUUUCAUGUUCAGAGAUGUUGCCUGUUUAUGUGAAUGUAACCAAGAGAAUAGAUGUGAAUUUACACAUCUCUUCCAUGUUGCACAUGUUGACUUCUACACAUUGGGUUUGUGGUAGUAGGGUUAUUUGGCAUUAUGGGUGGCUUUGUGGUACUGUUUUAAAUCAUAAAUCAGUAUUUGUAAAACAUUUUUCUGUUUGGUCAUCUCAUUUAAUUUACCUGACAGCAGCUAUUUACUUACCCUAAUCUCACCAUUUCAAAAAGCUACAUGUUACUCUGUUUCUCCUCAAAAAAGUUCUCUAACACAAAGCUGUCUUUGGCUUCUCGUUCAAUAAAGGAAGAAAAAGGAUUCUCAACAAUAUCUAUAAUAAUAAAAGCAUAAUAUGCUAAUUAGACCAGACGACCUUCUGGACGAAGCCGGGG